CCAUAGGCUGAGGACACCGGUGCUCCAGUGGAUCGGGGGCACCCUGCUAGCUUCACCAAGUUGACAGCUUAAGAACUUCAGAAUCCUGUGGCUUUAAUACUUCCAGAGAGACCUGUUGACACAGAAAGUGGCCCAGGUAAUCUUUCUUUAUUUUGGUGAAGCAAAGGAGAUCAAGUGCAGACAUGUUUACUCCACAUGAAAUGGAAAAUCCAUCAGUGAUUUUUGACAACGGUUCAGGACUGUGUAAAGUGGGAAUGUCUGGCUUUGAUGGACCCAUCCAUGUUAUCAACUCUGUUGUGGGUCACCCUAAAUUCAGUAUACCCUCAGCAAGGGCCGGUGGAAAGAAAUACUUUGUAAGUGAGGAAGCCCAAUGCAUAUAUGAUGCCUUGUAUGUACACUACCCUAUUGAACGUGGGAUAGUUACGAGAUGGGAUGACAUGGAGAAACUCUGGAAACAUCUUUUCAAGUGGGAGCUGGGAGUUAAACCAAGUGAACAGCCAGUUCUGAUGACUGAACCCUCCUUGAACCCGAUUGAGGCUCGAGAGAAGACCGCCGAAAUCAUGUUUGAGAAAUUCAAUGUGCCUGCCUUCUAUCUGUGUAACCAUGCUGUAGCAGCACUCUAUUCCUAUGCCUCUGUCACUGGCCUGGUGGUGGACAGUGGAGAUGGGGUCACUUGCACUGUCCCCAUCUUUGAGGGUUACUCCCUGUCUCACGCAGUCACUAAGCUCUAUGUGGCAGGGAGGGACAUCACAGAGCAUCUCAUCAGGCUCCUCCUGGCCCAAGGAUAUACCUAUCCUUGCAUCCUCAACAAGGCCGUGGUGGAUGACAUCAAAGAGAGGAUGUGCUACGUCUCCUUGGAACCAGAGAAAGAGCUACACAAGAAGCGGCAGGAGGUAUUGACAGAGUACAAACUGCCAGAUGGGAAUAUAGUCGACAUUCGGGAUCAUCUGUGCCAGGUACCUGAGGUGCUUUUUUCUCCAGACCAGCUUGGCAUCCAUGCCCCAGGACUCUCAAAAAUGGUCUGCAGAAGCAUCAUGAAGUGUGACAUGGACAUCCAGAAGAGCCUUUUUGCCGAUGUUGUGCUCUCCGGGGGCUCCACACACUUUCCUGGGCUGGAGGAAAGGCUCAUGGAAGAACUGGAACAGCUAGCUUCUGGAGGAACCCCAAUCAAGAUCACAGCUUCUCCUAAUAGAUGUUUCUCUGCAUGGAUUGGUGCAUCCAUCAUGGCUUGUAUGAGCAGUUUCAAGCAGCUGUGGGUCACCUCUGCGGAUUUCAAAGAGUAUGGGAAAUUCGUGGUCCAGAGAAAGUGCUUCUAAAUAAUAAUGAACAUGGCCGUUGGAGGACAUCUCGAAUGCUUAUUACAGGCUUAGCAGCAAGACAUAACAUCCCUCCUACUUCGGUCGUAUGGUCAAUA